GUAACCAUCUCUACAAGCCUUUAUCCGUUGUACUACAAAGGAAUCCUGUCCAGGAGCGAGUUCUGCUGCAGAAUGCCUCUCUCUGAUGCACUGGCCGUCAUUGGGGGAUUAACAGUUGUUUUCUUUGCCUGGAAAGUUUGGUGUGGAUUUCGAGAAUUUGUCCUGUCACAGUUUUGGCAGGAGGAUUUAAGGAAAUUUGGGCAAUGGGCAGUUGUUACAGGUGCAACAUCAGGCAUUGGUAAAGCUUAUGCCAGUGAGUUGGCACAAAGAGGCCUGGAUGUUGUUUUGGUAAGCAGAUCUGCUGAUAAGCUUCAAGCCACUGCAAAAGAGAUAGAGGAAAGUUAUGGACGAAAGACUCGCACCAUCCAAGUGGACUUUACAGAUGGCCACAGUAUCUAUCCUACCAUAGCGAAGGAACUACAAGGACUGGAGAUUGGAAUUCUGGUAAACAAUGUCGGAAUGAUGUACUCUGACUCUGUCGACUAUUUCUUGGAUGUCCCAGAUGCUGAACAGAGAAUCACUGAAGUCAUCAACUGUAACGUGCUGUCUGUCCCUCAUAUGACCCGACUAGUUCUUCCAGACAUGAUAGAAAGAGGAAAAGGCCUGAUCAUCAACAUAUCCUCUCUAGUGGGCAGCCGCCCUCAUCCCUUGGUGGCUCUUUAUUCCUCUUCUAAGAGUUUUGUGUCAUUUUUCUCUCAAUGUCUGCAUGCUGAGUACCAGUCAAAGGGAAUCACUGUUCAGUGUGUGGCUCCCUUCAUGGUGUCUUCCAACAUGACUAAACAUGUGGAGAACAGCUUCGCGGUGAUGCCUGCACCAGUGUUCGCUCGGAGGGCUUUGAACACCGUGGGUCUGUCCAGCUACACCACCGGCUGCCUAUUCCACACUCUCCAGAGCAUGGUCCUAAGAGUACUCCUGCCUGACUGGCUUCGUCUGUCAUCGUCCUUUAUCAAAAAGCAAUACGCCUUCUUAAAAGUCCUAAACAAAAAGUCAGACUAGUGAGAAAGAUGGAGAUGUUUCUGCACCUGUGAAGAGGAUGGGGAUCACCAAAUGGAAGAUGAUCAACAUAAACUGAUUAUUUUUCCAACUUUAUUUAUUUGUUGUUGAUAUCAGGAAACAUUAACAUGUACAAAAGAGACAUACACUUCCAUCGUUACAGGAAGGCUGGACAACCAAGAAAAAAUAUUUAAAAGACAACUUAAGAUAAGUGAAAAAAGAACAAAAACAACAAUAGGAACAGUAAAAUGAAAUAAGUUUAUAAGGAUGUAUAAAUAAAGAGUAUAUAUAUACAGAUGGAAUAAAUAUUGAGUAAAAUGUAUGACAAAUAAGGGGCACAUAGAAAUAAAAAACACCUUCCAAGCAGA